AUGAAGUUCAAGAAGCUCACGAACGCGCAACGCUCUGGUUUGAACCAGAUCCCGAAUCGUCGCUUCACUCUUUGGUGGUCACCCACGAUCAACCGCGCCAACGUGUAUGUCGGUUUCCAGGUCCAGCUUGAUCUGACUGGUAUAUUCUUGCACGGCAAGAUUCCUACUCUCAAGAUCUCGCUAAUCCAGAUCUUCCGUGCCCAUCUGUGGCAAAAGAUUCACGAAUCUGUGGUGAUGGAUUUGUGUCAAGUCUUUGACCAGGAGCUCGAGUCCCUUGGUAUCAGCAUGGUUCAGAAAGAGACGAUUCAUCCUCGUAAAUCGUACAAGAUGAACAGCUCUUGCGCCGACAUUCUUCUCUUCGCCAACCACAAGUGGAAUGUUACCAGGCCGUCAAUGCUGUUUGACACCAAGGACGUCAUUGAGCCGACAAGUACAAACAAGUUCUGGGUCGAUGUUCAACUUCGCUACGGCGACUACGACUCACAUGACAUUGAACGUUACACACGUGCGAAGUAUCUCGACUACACGACCGACAGCGCGAGUAUUUACCCGUCUGCCACCGGCCUAAUGAUUGGUAUUGAUCUCGCAUACAACCUGUACUCCGCAUAUGGCAUGUACUUCCCCGGUCUCAAGGUACUUAUUCAGCAGGCCAUGGCCAAGGUCAUGAAGGCCAACCCUGCCCUGUAUGUUCUGCGUGAGCGUAUUAGAAAGGGUCUGCAGCUCUACGCUUCGGAGAACACCCAGGAGUUCCUAAAUUCGCAGAACUACUCUGAACUCUUCAGCAACCAGACCCAGCUGUUCAUUGACGAUACCAACGUCUACCGUGUUACAAUUCAUAAGACAUUUGAAGGCAAUCUGACGACAAAACCGAUCAACGGAGCCAUCUUUAUCUUCAACCCUCGCACCGGUCAGCUCUUCCUCAAAAUCAUUCACACAAGUGUCUGGGCAGGCCAGAAGCGUCUCGGUCAGCUCGCAAAGUGGAAGACUGCCGAAGAAGUUGCAGCCCUGAUCCGCUCCCUGCCCGUGGAGGAACAGCCGAAGCAGCUGAUUGUCACCCGCAAGGGUCUCCUUGACCCUCUCGAGGUUCAUCUUCUCGACUUCCCCAACAUCUCCAUUCGCGCCUCCGAGCUGCAACUUCCGUUCCAGGCUGCGAUGAAGGUUGAGAAGCUGGGUGACAUGAUUCUCCGCGCUACCGAGCCGCAGAUGGUUUUGUUCAACCUUUAUGACGAGUGGCUCAAGUCUCUUUCUUCAUACACCGCAUUCUCGCGUCUGAUUCUCAUUCUUCGAGCUCUGCACGUCAAUCCCGACAGACCAAGCUCAUCCUUCGACCCGACAGGACUGUCAUCACACAGGACCACCAUAUUGGCCCACACUGUCGGACGAAGACUGGUCAAGGUCGAAGUGCAGCUUCGCGAUCUCAUCCUGAAUGACUACGGAAAGAAGAACAAUGUCAACGUGUCGAGUCUGACCCAGCAGCGAAGUUCGCGACAUUAUUCUCGGCAUGGAGAUCUCGGCGCCCUCGAUGCAGAGGCAGCAGGCUGCGGAGAUUGA